UGUCUCUGCCCUCCCUCUCUGUUCCUGGUUAUUGACACUUUAACAAAUCCCAUCCACUGCCUCUCCGUCUGCAAGUGCCGACAGAUCCAGGCAACAAUUUAAAAUAGUUGGACUCUUCUUUUUUGGCCAUUUAUAGCGCCUGCAAUCCAAUGUCAGUUUUCAGCCGCCAGUAGCGCGCAAAGUGAGGUCUCUACUCGAAAGUUCUGAAGACCGAACAAGUUCCGCGGAUGCACUUUUAAGUGAACUUUUUUCUUCCUUUCGACGCGACGAUUCCUUGCGCUUUCUGGAUCGUGGAAUGGCAGAGAAAAGGCGAUCGCCGUGCACGAUGAGUUUGAAAGCUCACGCGUUCUCGGUGGAAGCGCUCAUUGGAGCGGAAAAGAAAAGAAAGUUGGAAGAGGAUGGCGAAAACUGCCUCGAGGAAGUGACUGAAUUAUCGAAUCAAAGUGAGAGUCCGCGACACAAAGCGGACAGGACGUGUACCGCCGACCGAAGUUGCGACAUAGACUGUGCAAGUGAUGGGUCCCCAGAUUGCGAGGACGUGUUGUCCGACAGCCCGCGGCCCUCUUCGCAGUGCUCCGCUCCUGUCAUCGCGGCCCAGGCCGGGUCGGGGCCUGCGGAAGAGAUGCGCGUGGACCUCCAGGGCUCGGACUUGUGGAAACGAUUCCACGAGAUCGGAACGGAGAUGAUCAUCACAAAAGCUGGAAGGCGGAUGUUUCCAGCUAUGCGCGUGAAGAUCUCUGGUUUGGAUCCGCAUCAGCAGUAUUACAUCGCAAUGGACAUCAUCCCAGUGGACAACAAGCGUUACAGGUACGUGUAUCACAGUUCAAAGUGGAUGGUAGCCGGAAACGCGGACUCGCCCGUGCCUCCGAGAGUGUAUAUCCACCCGGACUCCCCGGCCUCCGGAGAGACGUGGAUGCGACAAGUCAUCAGCUUCGACAAAUUGAAACUCACCAACAACGAACUGGACGACCAAGGACAUAUAAUCCUGCAUUCAAUGCACAAGUAUCAGCCAAGGGUGCAUAUUAUCCGCAAGGAGUGUGGAGAGGAUCUCUCUCCGGCGAAGGCUGUCCCGGUCGGAGACGGAGUGAAGGCUUUCUCCUUUCCGGAAACCGUUUUUACUACAGUAACAGCAUACCAGAAUCAACAGAUCACAAGGUUGAAAAUAGACAGAAAUCCGUUUGCGAAAGGAUUUCGGGACUCUGGACGAAAUAGGAUGGGGCUGGAAGCUCUGGUGGAGUCCUACGCAUUCUGGAGACCGUCUCUAAGAACUCUGACAUUUGAAGACAUCCCUGGAAUGGCAAAGCAAGGCGCCCCGGGGUCUCACGGCCUCCUGCAGUCGGGUCCGGGCGGCAUGACGUCGGCGCACUCCCUGCUCUCCUCCUCGCCCUGCGCCUCCCCGGCCUUCCACCUGGGCCCCGCCGGGGGCCAGCUCUGCGGCCUGGGCCCCGCCGACUACUCGGCCUGCGGCCGGCCCGGCCUGGCCCUCAACCGCUACGGCAGCGCCCUGGCCGAGACCUACAGCCGCCUGGCCGGCCCCGGCGACGGCAGCGGCUUCCCCGCCCCGCGGACUGCCGUCUCCUAUGGCGGGAGCGUCGCCACGGCGACGGGGGGCGGCGGCGGCGGCGGGGGCGACGGCGGCAGCGAGGCCUUCGGCUGCCCCCAGGCCGGCCUCCAGCUCCAGAUCCCCGGCAUGCCGGCCCCCCAGCUGCAGUACGUCCUGCCCGGCUCCCCCGGCAACGCCUUCGCGGUCAACCAGGGCCACCAGGGAACGUACAACGGCUUCCGGCUGCACAACCCCUACGGCCUGUACGGAUACAACUUCUCCACGUCCCCCCGGCUGGCCGCCAGCCCAGAGAAGAUCGUCUCCUCGCAGGGCGCUUUCCUGGGCUCCUCCCCCAGCGGCACCAUGACGGACAGGCAGAUGCUCUCCCCCGUGGACGGUCUGCACAUGCUCAGUGGCGGCGGACAGCAGAACCUCUUCGACUCGAGGACUUUGGGCCUGGGCAGCCUGGCCGCCACGACGACCUCGCAAGUCUCCGCCCACAUGGUGUGAGUCUCCGCCCCACGUGGCGAUAGUCUCCGCCCACAUGGUGUGAGUCUCCGCCCCACGUGACGAUAGUCUCCGCCCACAUUGUGUGAGUCUCCGCCCCACGUGACGAUAGUCUCCGCCCACUUUGUGUGAGUCUCCGCCCACAUUGUGUGAGUCUCCGCCCACUUUCACACGUGCUGUGAAUCUCCUGGCGGUUUCCGCCGUGGUCGUGCUGGUACGUUUUGCCGCCUCAUGGUUAUUGUAGUUUUUUUUUUUUUUUUUUUUUUUUAAAGGACUGCACCAGUACUUCAAGCAUUGACUUAUUGAGGUUGGCAGAAAAAAAUAUUCAAGACUGGAAAAGGGCUGCUUCAUAUGUUUGGGAAUGGACUGAUUUCAAGUGCGGACAGUGUGCCAAGCGGUAUGUGAGAAAGGGAGGGAGGGGGGUAGAGAGGGCAAGAAAUAAAGACAGCUAAACAGAUAGAGGGAGAGAGAAACAGAGGAAAAGAUAGAGUAACGGGGAGAGGGCAAGAAAUAAAGAAAGAUAGACAGAGAGAUAGAGAGAAACUGAGAGGGGGAAAGAGAGAGAGAUGAACAGAGAGGGAGGGAGAGAGAGGGUAAGAGAAAGAGAGAGAAGGAGAGAGUUCGGCAGAGUCAGUGGAACAGUGGAAAGGCAUGCUAUGUCAGUUAUUCCUCGUGUCAAUGUGAACUGGUCAACAAAUGAGAAACCGUUUAGUAAUCCAUUCACAAAUGUAAUAUUAAUUAACUAGCUACUUUUUCUUUUUUUUUAAAUACAUUUUUUUAAGAAGGGAUGCUGAGAGGAAAUGAUACCUCAGCUUUAAAGUUAAGUUUAAAGGUUAAAGGUCACGCAGUGCUGCAUUGGAUUUAUACGGAUCGUUCUGAUGAGUUCACACUGCAAAUAUCCACGCAAAUAUGUUUAUUUAUCAGCUGUAGUGAAAGUUAUACCCGUUCAUUCACUUAGUCCCAAACGAGAGCGAAGUGAGUCCAGAAGUGGCACAUCAAGGCUCUUUCCACUCAGUAAGCACUUGAUCAAUGUCAUCUCAAGGUCAAUCCGAGGUCAAAGCUGUUGCUUCAUUCGGAAGAUGAACGAAAACCCCGUUGAGCCGUGGGAUAAAAUGAACUGUUUUUUACGAGGUAAAAUUUCGGUUGUAAUGGAAGCUAAUUACACUUGCAGAACAUCUCCUGGGGACGGUUAAUGGCCAACUGGCACGCGGUUUUCCAUUUCUAAAGCUGCUGAAAUGAAAUCGCAGCAGAAGCUGUUCGGAUUAUUCCAGAAAACCUUUGAAACGCUGGCACCAGUGUGGAGGGUAUAUAUAUAUAUAUAAAUAUAUUUUUUAAAUGGCACAAUGCCAUGACUGUACUUACUGUAAUAUCAUUUACCAACACAGUGAGCCACACCCGCGUUAAACAUGUGAGGAAACAAUUUUAAGGGGCAUUUUUGACCCCCCGUUGGCACUUAUGUCCUGACACAUUAAUGCAGAUUUUUAUUUUAAGUAUAUAACUGUGUAACGAGCGGUUUUAAAUUUUUGGUCUUCAGUAACCGUGCCGAUACAGGGAAAUGCAGCGGGAGCCUGAAUUUGGAGCGUGCGCUCUCUCUUGCAAAACUCUGACAGAACUGGCAAGAGACGCCAGGGGUUGGGCUGGCGUUGCGUCACCACGGCGACGAUCGCCCGCGACAACUAGCCUGCGACUUCAGGCAGUCCAGACCGCACCAGAAUCACGUAGCCAAGGGCGUCUUUGCUACAAACUGGGAUGGGACAAGACACAGUUUGAAAGAUGCCAUACCAUGGCAAGAGAUCACAUUGGGGUGGGGUGGGGGGGUGGGUUUUGGGUGUGGAAGACACCACUGCACUAUAAACCCCUGUGUGAAAACCCCGGCUCUUGGUGCUGGAGGCACAUCACAUCAGAGUCAGCUGAACUGUUUCGGUGUUAUGGUGUCACUGGGCCAUCAGCUGUCCAAAGGCAGCCCUGACCUGACACAGACCUCCGCACGCAGAAGAGCAGCAGGUGCGUAAAUACCUAAAGAGAUUAAAAAUACCUUUGGAGCCGCAGAAAAACACACACCCAGCGCAUGUCACACUGCGGGAAUGCGUUUGACCACCCACCAACUGCCACCUCCACACGAAUGUCAUAGUCGUCACCCACGCUGUUGCUUGUUUCACACGGGGAAGGAAAAAGACAUUUCAAACAUUUUUUUUGCGUUUUGUAUUUGUGCAACAUAAAGCUAUCUUGCAAUAGGUCUACACAUACAUAAGUAUCACUUUUUUUUAAAUGUUUUUUUUUUUUUUUACGUUUUAUUUCCAAACCUGAUGUCCUUUGAGUUUUUUGUCUUUUUUAUUGUUUAAAUUAUGUACAGUUAUGGUACAAUGUAGCUUUUUUUUUUUUUUUUUUUAAAGAAAAGAAAUUCUUGAUGUUGUUCGUUUCAAGAGUAAAUAAUGAAAUUAUUGUCACUGCAAAGUUUAACUUGCAAUAAAAGUGUAAAUAACCCAUCCGUC